AUGGUCAGGGCAGGAAGACAAAAGGUCAGAACGGGUUGUUAUACAUGCAAGAUCCGCAAAGUAAAAUGUGACGAGACCAAGCCGGCAUGCCUCCGGUGUACCAAGACGGGCCGCAGAUGUGAUGGCUACCCAGCUGCUCCGUUGCAUUCCCAAUCAUGGCAGGAGCUCUUGGCCAAACGGCCCAUCAUCCCGGCCGUGACGCAUCGCCACAACUCCCAGGAGGGCCGCGCCCUCGAGUUCUACCGGUGCGUGCUGGCACCCACCUUCUCCGGCUCGCUGGUCGACGACUUCUGGACCCACGUGGUCAGCCGGGCCAGCUACCAGAAUCCCGUCAUCCGUCAUGCCGUCGUCGCCAUCAGCUCCAUCUGCGAGCUCAUCGGCGACCCCAGCGUCAAGGGGCAAUCCCUCGUCAAGUUCCCCAAGGGCCGGUAUGCCAUCGGCCACUAUAACCGCGCCCUUCAGGAUAUAUCCAAGACCGACGAUGAGGCCAUGGUCAUCUUUGUUUGUAUCCUGUUCGUCUGUAUAGAAAUCCUCCAGGGCAACCGAGAGGCAGCCAUCUCCCACUGCCAUCAUGGCGUCCAGAUCCUUAACCAGCUCAACGGAGGCAAGAGCAAAGUAAACUCGUCAAGCUCCAUCCUGUCCCGGGACCAGCUUCUAAACCCUUUCGCCCGUCUGAGCAUAUUCCCCUUUUUCUACGGCAGCACAGUUGACGUGUUCCCCAACCUUCUCCGGCACGGGUCCGAGGCGCCGGACAGCUCGGACGGUACCCACGGCGGCGCAGGAACCGCCACUCUAGCAUCCGACAGCGCCCUAACCGUUCUCGACGAGCUCCGCUCCGGCCUCGACCUCCUCGUCGCGCGAGCCAUGCGCUUCCUCCGCUCCGCCGACCUAUACCGCAUCGGACCCUCGCGACACGAGCCCGUUCCCUCCCAGAUUCUAACCGAGCAGGCCAACCUGACCAAAUCCAUCGACGACUGGCUGGUGCGCUUCACCAUUUUCAGCGCCGUACACUCGCCGACCGAGGACGCGGCCGGCUUAUUCUACCAGAUGCGCAUGAAGAGCUACAUCACCAAGAUCUGGAUCGCCACGGCUCUGGACAGGACCGAGAUGGUCUACGACCGAUUCGUCCCCUUGUUCCGAGAAAUCGUCGACAUGGCCGGGCGGUAUCUAGCCGCCGAGAAGAGCCGACCGCGGGGCCCAUCACCACCGCGGUCGGCUUCUGCACAUGCCAGUGGUAAUGAAGAGGGGGAUGGUGGUGGUGGUGGUGGCCCAGCAUUCGCAGCAACCAACCAAAACAAGCCCCGCUUCGUCUACGAAAUGGCAUACCUCCCCAUGCUCUACUUCGUGGUCAUGCGCUGCCGACACCUCGAGACGCGCGUGAAGGCUCUCGAGCACAUGACCACGCUUUCCGCGCUGCACCAGGGGCUGUGGGACUCGACGUUGACCUUUUGCAUCGGCUGGCGGCUGAUCGAGAUCGAGCACGGCGCCGACCGCGAGACUUUGCUGCAAUCCAUGGCCCAGGCAAAGGGUACAGGUACUAUGCAGGGUUCGGGCUUGGGAAUGCAGUCACCCUCGCGUUUGAGUAAUAGUGUUACUCGUCUAAUAGCGCCAGACGUCAACUCGCUGGUGGGGAGGUUAAUAACGGGGACAAUGAAUCCGCCGAUGCCCCCCGACAGGAUGAGGUUGAGGGAGUGUGUGAUUACGGGCGAUCAUACCGUGGAGCAGGAAGAAGAAGAGCAAGAACAGGAUGGUAAAAGCCCGGGCUCGAACUCGGGCUCGAAUUCGAACAUGGGUAGGGGCAAGAGUAAGGGCAAAGGGUUGAGGACGGGGUAUAGAAGGGUCAUUUUCCAUGUGUGGAAGCCGGAGAGUGAAGGAGGAGUGGGCACGUUUGAGGAGUGGGUGCCUAUUAGCGAGCCGCCGCCGAUGAAGGAUAUGUGCUAUGAUUACGAAUUUGCGCAGCAGACGGCGGCGGCGGCAGCGGCGACGGUGGGGAAUGAGUUAGGGGAGGUGAAGCCUAGCUUUGAGUCAGGCCUUGUUGAUGCAAAACGCUUUGAUUCAGGCUAUGUUGAGGCGAAGCCCACAAGCUAUAACUCUGGUUUUGUUGAAACUGCGAAGCCUAGCUUCCAUGUCGCCUCGGGUUAUGUUGGAGCAAAACCUAGCUUCACCUCGGGCUUUGUUGAAGCUAAACCCAGCUACGGGAACGGCUUUGUGGAGGUAAAGCCCAGCUUCAACCCAGGUUUUGUUGAUUUGGGACGUGGAGGAGGGGAGCAUGAUCUGCCGACAAGGACUAUGCCCCCGGUCUAUGAUGGCUUAAAGUUGGAGAGUGUGGUGUGA